GCGGGGAAAAGGGGCCUCGCCGCGGGAGGAGCGGCUCGGUGUCGGCAACAUGGCAGCGUCCAGCCGUGCCCAGGUGCUGCGGCUGUACCGCGCCCUGCUGCGGGAGAGCCAGCGCUUCAGCUGCUACGGCUACAGAACAUACGCCAUCAGAAGGAUAAAAGAUGCCUUUAGAGAAAACAAGAACAUAACAGACUCUGAAAAAAUAGAAGAACUACUGAACAAAGCCAAAGCAAACCUACAGGUUAUUCAACGGCAGGUUACCAUUGGCGAGAUGUAUGCCACAGAAAAAUUGGUCAUUGAGUAUCCGAUAGACAUACAGCCAAGAAAAGCCUCUAAUCCUGAAACAACACUGGCCCAUCUUCAGCAUCCUACAGUGCCACCACGUACAGAAACUGCACCACGUACAGAAACUGCACAUGCCCACGUCUGAGCUUGUCAUAAGAAAUGCCUGAGAGACUGUUUUUGGCAACCACAGUUCUAUUUUCUAAAGGGUCACAUGUUCUAAGAUAAAUAGCUGUGAUUUAUAAUAGCAUAUAAGGUAGUCUUGGAAUCUGUUUGCUUGUGUGUCCUAUGUGAUGGAAUAGUUCCUGCUCUAUUACAACAAUAAAACUACCUGCAACCAGCUACAUUAUUCUGCUGCUGACAUUGUCUCUCACUGACCACGAAAAACAUGUUCAGUUUAAAACCCCUAAAGAUUUAAAAUCCUUCACCCAGUUACUGAGUUUGUAUUAAUCCUGUUGCACUUAGAAAUAUCCAGCAUCUGAACUAAAUUAGUAAGUACAUAUUUUAUUUAAAGUAUUAAAACCAGAGAUGAUCAGAAUUUUCGUCUCCUGGACUUUGAUACUUACAGAUAUCACAGGCUGUAUUGUGUGGUUUCCUUGAAGAGCAUCCCUUGACAUUUCAGGAGGUGACAUAAAAAAAUCACUCGUUCUUUCUUUAGUUUCCAAGAGUUAAUAACCAGUCCUACUUUGGGCAAUUAACUGAUCAGAAUAGCAGAAUGGAAGACUUGAAUUACUGAGCCUUGGGAGCUUUCAAAUGUUUUUUCACCACCAAGUCCUUUAAUUUGUUGAGUCGAAGCUAUUAGCAGAAAGCUAACUUUAUCAAAGAUUUCCCUUUUUCACAAACAUCGUGAAUUUUGGCAGAAGAAAAAGAACCUGACUGGAACAGUAACUCAAGUGCUGUAAGUCAUGAAGUGGCAACAAGCUUUGCCUAGAAAAAGUGCUCAGCAUAGCAUUUUAUUGAUUAUUCCUACAUCCAUAGAAGGCUCAACACUUUUAAGACCACAGAUUAAUAAAGGAAAAAUUUUGAUCAGGUUUUGCUCAAAAUUUUGCUGUGCUUGAAUUUGUUUUCAGUUAGAAAUUUGCAGAAAAAUUAAGCAGUGCAAAGCUGGCAUACCAGAAAAAAAAUAGUUUGCUUUUAUUUCAGUGAAUUGUUGGGGGAUUUUAAGUAGAGAAACAGAAGCUCAAAACUAGUUCCACAGCACUGUAACCUUUGAAAUCCACCCCUUAUUUUUCUUGCUUCACAAAAUUCAUCUUUGUUUAUGUUCUUCUGUGUUGUUCAUGCUCUGUGAAAACAUUAUUAGAGCAGAGUGUCUAACUGAAGUGUCUAAUUUAGAACAAACUCCCAUUCCUCACUGCCCUUUAAAGUGCAUUUUACCAUUUUUGACAGUUAUAUUGAGAUGUAUAGUAAUGUACAGAAUAAAAUAGUGUGUACCUGA